UGAUGGAGUAAACAACAAGCUAAUGAUGCAUCAAUUGCUUAGAGACAUGGGGAGGGAGAUUAUUCGCCAAGAAUCUCCUAAGGAGCCUGGAAAAUGCAGCAGAGUAUGGCGUCAUAAGAAUGCCUACAAUGUAUUGAAAGAAAAAACUGGAACAUAAACAAUUGAAGGUUUCAUCCUGGACUUGUGUGUGCUACGGGAAGAUAUGCGAGGCAAGAGUGUAAAUAAUACACAACACCACCAUUUUGAUGAUUUUGUGGACAACAAUUUAUCAAAGCGCCAGCGUCUUGGCUUAUUCUCUUGGCUUCCCACAUAUUCUGUCUCAACAGAAUCAAAUGAAGAAAUUGGUUUGAACACUGGUGCAUUUUUUUCGAUGCACAAAUUAUGAAUACUCCAGCUUUAUAGUGUACAACUCAUUGGAUGCUAUGAAAAAUUUCCUAAGAAGUUAAGAUGGCUGCAUUGACAUGGAUUCCCUUUAAAAUUUAUACCUAAUGAUUUUCCUCUAGAGAGCCUGGUUGUUCUUGAUAUGCGCAAUAGCAGCUUGGCACAACUUUGGAAAGGAACCAAGAUGCUCAGAUUGUUGAAGAUCCUCAAUCUUAGUCAUUCCCAUGGCCUUGUCGAUUCCCCAGAUUUCUUGCUGCUCCCUAAUCUUGAGAAACUGAAACUUAAAGAUUGCAUAAAUUUGGUUGGUGUUCAUGAAUCCGUUGGGAAAUUAGAGAGACUUGUUUUGCUGAAUCUAAGAGGUUGCAGAAAUCUUACGAAGCUUCCAAGGGAAAUUGUUCUGCUCAAAUCCCUUGAAGAACUUAUUCUCUUCGACUGCUCAAGUCUUGAUAAGUUGCCUCCUGACCUGGUCAAGAUGGAAUCUUUGAAAGUGCUUCAUGCAGAUGGAAUAAAUCAAUUGUCCUCAAAUAGUGGAGCAGUUAAACAAUGGCAUGAACAUAUUUGGUCUUGGGUAUCAAAACUAAGAAGCCGCCUUGAAUCCAUUUGUUUCUCAUUGACUUCCUUACCAUGCUCUUUCAAAUUGCAAUAUAUCUGGCUUCAAUCACUUCCAGAGCUUCCAAUGAGUUUAGCAGGAUUAAAUUUAACUGGAUGCAGGUCUUUAGAAACGGUAGCAAAUCUGCCAAACCUAUUUAACCUACUAAUGUUGGACAUAUGUCAUUGCGAGAAACUAGUUAAGAUUCAGGGAUUAUUGAUGUUAGAACCAAUUGGAAACAUUGAUUUGGAAAUGAUUAACAAUUUGAGCUUAACCGAGUGGGAUUUCAUGGGAAUUGCUGAGUUUGAACUAUACAGUAACCUAACUGGUGCAAUUAUUAAAGCUCCCACACUCUAG